AUGAAUGACAUUACCAAUUAUCCUCUUAUGAUAGAAAGUAUAAAAACAAUCUUAUCCGAUGAAGAAUUCGUUUGCAAAACAAUUUCAACAAAUUCUGUCAAAAUAAAUACAAAUACUCCGGAUGCCUACAGAAAAAUAAUCCACUUUCUGAAACUAAAUGAAGUUGCAUUUCACAUAUACCAACCAAAAGGAGAAAGAGCUUACAGAGUAGUCAUUAAAAACUUACAUCACACUGUAUCAACAGUAGGCAUAAAACAAAAAUUAGAAAAGAAAGGAUUUAAAGUUCGAAAUGUUACCAAUAUUCGUAGCUGGAAAACAAAAGAACCGCUACCGUUAUUUUUCGUGGACCAAGAACCGAACGAUAACAAUAAAGAAAUUUUAUUAUUUCACCAUGUAAAAAGAAAGAGCUACCACAAUGGUUUCGAUGCUAAAAAUAUGUGCGCAGAAAAUCAUCCCACUAAUACCUGCAGCAAACCAAGAGACAUUCCACCAAAAUGCACCUUAUGUGACGGUUCGCAUCCUGCAAAUUAUAAAGGAUGCAGUGUAUACAAGGACUUACAAAAAGCUAGAAAUAAGACACAGAACAGAGCAACAACAUCUCAACACGAAACAAUAAGGGAGAAUCUGAGCUAUGCUCAAGUGACAAAAAAGAAAAACUAUCUAAACAUCUUCAGAUACAAAACAUACCAUACUCCACACCCAAGUGGAACUGCCCGCGGAGGUACUGCAAUUGUAAUCAUAAAUGAGAGAAUUUCACACUACGAAUUUGACAAAUACGAAAAAGAUUAUCUUCAGUCUAGCAGUAUCAAAAUAAAGGACGCUUGUGGUACAAUAGUUCUGGCCGCAGUGUACUGUCCACCAAGACACCAAUGGGGUUCAAGGCUAACAAAUCCAAAAGGUAGAGAACUGCAAAAAACAAUGUUGUCUAUAGGAUACAAUCAUGUCAGUACAGGCAAACCAACCAAUUGGCCAUCUGACCCAGCAAAAAUCCCAGAUCUUUUAGAUUUCUAUGUAACAAAAGAGGAAGACAUAGAUAAAGCGGUACAGUCAUUAACAAAAAUAAUCCAAACAGCCGCAUAUCAAUUUACGCCGCAGAUAAAAACAGAUAAAAAUACAAUAAACUAUCCACUAUUCAUACGGGAAAAAAUUGCUGAAAAACGAAACAUCAGGAAAAGAUGGCAAAACUAUAGUCACCUAGACGAUAAGAAAAAACUAAAUAAACUAUCUAAAGAACUGAAAAAAUUUCUUAGCAAAAUGAACAAUGUCAAAUUGCAAGAGCCAGAAAAAUACAUCCCCCCCAUUCGCAAGGAAAAUAAUAUGUGGGCCAGGAAGGACUAUGAUACAGCCGAAACGUUUGCUAAACAUCUUUCUGAAGUCUUCAAACCCAAUGAAACUACGUCUCCUACCACAAGAUUACUAAAAGAACUUCCACAAAAAGCAAUAGUUGCAAUAACACAAAUAUUCAACCAAACGAAAUUGAAACUAGUUUUGAGGAACACCGAGUUUGCUCUGCUGCCUUCCCUCCCUCAUAACUAUUACACCUUCUUCAGAUCAUACUUAAGUGAAAGAUACUUUCACGUUAUCCAAAAUGGCAGCCUUUCCAAAAUAUACCCAAUCUUAACUGGAGUUCCACAAGGAAGUGUACUAGGGCCCACACUAUAUCAGAUUUUUACAGCGGACCUCCCAUGUACCGAAAAUGUAAAAACAGCUACGUACGCCAAUGAUACAGCAAUUUUAGCGUUGCAUAAAACCCCAUCAAAAGCAGCAAAACUGCUACAGGAAUCUCUGAACAAGAUAGCUGAAUGGGCUCAAAAAUGGAAAAUCAUAAUAAAUGUAAAAAAGUCUAGUCACAUCACUUUUACAACAAAACAUGUCGAAGACUCGAAAAUCAAAAUUAAUGAGGAGAGUCUUGUUACAAGGGACAGUGUAAAAUAUCUCGGCAUGCAUCUGGACAAAAGGCUUACGUGGAAAAAUUACAUCAAAAUGAAAAGAAAACAAUUAGACAUAAAAAUGAAAAAGCUGUAUUGGAUACUAGGUUAUACAUCACCUCUCUCUUUACAAAAUAAAUUGCUGCUAUAUAAAGUGGCGAUCAUUCCAAUAUGGACUUACGGCAUUCAGCUUUGGGGCUGUGCAAAAGAAAGUAAUUUAAAUAUUAUACAGAGAUCCCAGAACAAGGCUUUACGAAUAAUUACAGCCGCCCUAUGGUAUGUCAGCGGGGAAACUCUUUAUAAAGACCUAGGAAUAAAAUACGUAAAAAAACAAAUUCAAAAAUACGCAACAGCACACAACAACAAACUUGGAACACAUCCUAGCAAACUGGCUAAAAACUUAACAAACACACACAAAAUCAGAAGACUGAAGAGGACGAAACCACAUGACCUAGUUGACAAACAAUGAAGAAUAGAGAGUGGUAACACCACUGAUUGUGAGUGUUAUCCACACGCAUGCGGUAUACUAAUUAUCAAAUUUGCUGGUUGGCUCAAUAGAGCCAAUGGUAAAUGUAAUGUAAAUAAUAAAAAAAAAAAUUUAACAGAAAUAUACAAUACUGUUCGCAACAAUAACGCUGUUCGUAAUAUGUUAAAAUAUAGCCUAAAUUUGGCAAAACAGAACUUUGAGAUUAUAGAACUGUGAUAUUAUAAAGGAUUAUAAACGGUGAUACAUGCCAUAAAAAUGUACAUAUUACCUGCAAUACCUGCAAAGAGCGCAACGCAUUUCUUCUUAUAUGCCAUAAAUGCAAGGGGUUUUUUAAAGUGCUGUAACUUUGCGAAAAAAAAAAAUGGUAGCUGUUUGCCAUAUACCGGAAAUUAAAGAUAAAGGUUUGGACUUUAUGCUCC